AUUUGUUCAAUUGAGGUCUGAACCACAUGGGACUAUUCAGAACAGAGAAUCUUCUUGACAUACUGCACUAAGUUCCCUCUCCAAACGACAUCAAAAGCUCCAGAGAAUUGGUGGUAGCAGGAUGACUAAACCUUACGAAAAUUUGUGACCUCAGAUUUUAGUCAAGAAAAGCAUUGCUGACUAAAAUGAAAACCUUAAGGAAAAGGCCACCGGCUGCUCUGCUACUAGUGAUCAUCCUUAUUACUCUUUCACAACCAGGUUUCCCCACUAUCACAGAAAGAAGCGCAAUGUUAGGUAGUAAGGUCACAUUGACAUGCCCACUCAUUGGCAAUGUGACCAUGGUAUCAUGGAAAUUCAAAGGAUAUACAAUAGCAGCCCUCAAAUGUGAACAGAAUGAAUCGAUUGGAUGCUUUAACAACCAUACCAGAAUGAUAAUUAAAAAUGCAGCAUGCAAUAAAUCAGAUCAUGAAAUCAGUCUCCAAAUACAGCCAGUGAACCUUGAUGAUGAUGGGACUUAUACCUGUGAAAUAACAGGUGAAAACGGAAUAAAUAAAGUUACUUUCUCCUUGUUAAUAACAGUUCCUCCCACUGUAUCUUUAAACAUUGAAAACAAAUCAAAUGAAACAGCGGCUAUAUGCAUUGCUUCAAAUGGGAAACCAGCUUCAGAAAUUACUUGGCACCCAAUUAAUAUAGGAAACACCUCAGUAAAUAAUACCAUUUAUGGAAACAAAACCAUUACUGUACAAAGCAAGUAUAUUAUAACCACCCACUUCUUCAAUGAGCAGAUAAUAUGCAGUGUAAGCCACCCAGCAUUUAAUGGAACACAAAACUAUACAAUUCCACAGAGCAACAGAACUCCAAACAAUUUAAGGCGCAUUUCUAUGUAUUUAUUAUGUGCAUGCCUCAUUAGUGGUAUCAUGAUAGGCUUUCUGUGCAUCUUUGCAGUAAUAUAUUUUAAACAUCUACAAAAGAAAACUUCUAUCAGUACUUGCAAUUCUGGACCAACUGAGGGUGUAACUCAAUCAAACGGACCUUUUAUACAGAUGGAGAACCUCAUUUAUGAUACAUUACAGCCAGAAGAAAUGAGGCAACCAUGAAAGUAUUCUGCUCAAUCAUAUUACACAUUUUUGGACCAGAUAUAAUAAAAUAUUUAUCCCAUGCCAUUAUAUUUAAUACUACUAUAAGUUUAGUGUUAUAAAUGUGUCAAAAAGGGUUCAGAACUAAUCAGGAGUAUCCAAAAUUAGCAAAACCUCCAAGCUGCUUUUUUAUAUUUACCACAUCAACAGAUGUGUUCACCAAUAUGUGGUGAUAAGCAAACAGAAAAACAUGCAACUGCUCUGCUCUGCUCACAACCUGACCCAAGCACCUGAUAAACAGAGAAUGCCUACUAUCAGAAAUUAGUCAUUAUAGUCAUUGUCUGCCAUAGUCAGCUAUAACCAAUAAAACCUAUUUCUUAUAGUCAGCCAUCAUGUACACAUCAGAAACAAGAUAAAAUACUCUCCAUUCAGUCAUAACAAUAUGAUGCUAGCUAUUUGUGUGUGUCACUCACAUCAGCUUUCCCUCCCCAUUAGCAACAAUCUAUCACUAAAUACUAAUCAACUUGCCAACAUCAAGGUUGAUGGGUGGGACACCUGAUCAUCAAAUUCACAUCUGGAUAUAAAUGAUAAUAAUUAAUAAAAUAGAUUAAAGGAGGACUAACAGCUGAGUGUCAAGAGUAAU